AACAUUACACCUCGACCUACAGCAGAGUGCUGAGAGUGAUACAGUCAUGCGUCGGGGCGCGGAGCUGAAUGAGUUAAACAGCUGUAGAAGGGAGCGCUGAGCUGAGCUGCCAUGGAUCCACCUUCCCAGAGAUGCAGCGCCUCCUCACACAGAUGACUGAGGAACACAGGUAGUCUGUCCGGGCGGGCUGUCGGCGUACUUGUUGAUCUUCGGGCGAAAUAUAUGGAGCAGCAAAACCGGUGGAUAAGGCAGUAGAUCGUGCUGAAGAUCUCUCUGCCAUGUCGGAGGCAGAGGACGGGGAAAUGGAUUGGGUUAGACCCUGGCAAUAAUAAACCAAUAACGACGCCUCCUGUUCUUUCUUUUUUUUUUAAGUGCUUCAUCUGUGUUUGUGGCAGCGGAUUGAUCGUUCCCAGAGCGGUACGUGCUGAUUUGAUUCUGUGCAGGAUGACAACAACAACAGCAACUCACUACGAUACCAUAAUGAAUGAAAAGAAGAUCUACUGUAAUCCAUAGCCCUGGCUCUUUACAUGCUUCCUCAAGUUAAAGUCAUCAUGGAGAAAUCCCUGGCAGAGUUAAAUAAAGCUGGUUCCCGGUCAACAUCAUCACUGCCACCUGAACCUGUGGACAUCAUUCGCAGCAAGUCGUGUUUCCGCCGGGUCAGGCUGAAUGUCGGGGGUCUCCCACAUGAGGUCUUGUGGCGAACGUUAGACAGGCUACCACGAACACGUUUGGGAAAGUUAAGAGACUGCAACUCCCAUGAAUCUCUGAUGGAAGUGUGCGAUGACUACAACCUUGAGGAGAAUGAGUACUUUUUUGACCGACACCCGGGGGCGUUCACGUCCAUUCUGAACUUUUACCGGACGGGGAAGCUGCACAUGAUGGAGGAAAUGUGCGCCCUGUCGUUCAGUCAAGAACUCGACUACUGGGGCAUCGACGAGAUCUACCUGGAGUCGUGCUGCCAGGCCAGGUACCAUCAGAAAAAGGAGCAAAUGAAUGAGGAGCUCAAACGAGAGGCAGACAAUUUGAAAGACAGAGAGGGAGAAGAAUUUGACAACACUUGCUGUGCUGAAAAACGAAAGAAACUCUGGGACCUCCUGGAGAAGCCCAGCUCAUCUGUUGCAGCAAAGAUCUUGGCCAUCAUCUCCAUCCUCUUCAUCGUGCUAUCCACCAUUGCUCUGUCUCUGAACACCCCAGAGCUGCAGGACACGGAGUUGGUCAGUCGACAGACCACCCACACUGGCCCACGUGAGCGGUUGUUUGCUGGUUCACAUGGAAUACUGUCUCGUUCCUUCCCCCAAUAGUGGAAGUUCUUCAAGGGUCCUCUGAACGUCAUUGACUGCUGGCCAUCCUGCCCCUACUACGUCACCAUCUUCCUGACAGAAUCGAACAAGAGUGUGUUACAGUUUCAGAACGUACGGCGUGUGGUUCAGAUUUUUCGGAUCAUGCGUAUUCUACGUAUUUUGAAGCUGCUCGUCCUCCACAGGUCUUCAGUCUCUGGCUUCACCCUAAGAAGGAGUUACAAUGAGCUGGGUCUGCUCAUUCUUUUCCUGGCCAUGGGUAUCAUGAUCUUCUCCAGUCUGGUAUUCUUUGCUGAGAAGGAUGAGGAGGAUACAAAGUUUAAAAGCAUUCCAGCUUCUUUCUGGUGGGCUACUAUUACUAUGACCACAGUAGGCUAUGGAGACAUCUACCCCAAAACUCUCUUGGGAAAGAUCGUAGGGGGCUUAUGCUGCAUAGCUGGAGUACUUGUAAUUGCCCUACCUAUUCCCAUUAUUGUAAAUAACUUCUCUGAAUUUUACAAGGAGCAGAAGAGGCAAGAAAAAGCACUUAAAAGAAGAGAGGCACUAGAGAGGGCAAAAAGAAACGGUAGCAUUGUCUCAAUGAACUUGAAAGAGGCGUUUGCUCGCAGUGCAGAACUGAUGGAUGUGGUGGUGGAGAAAGAGAGGCCUCAUGACAACCACCUCUCUCCGAGUCGAUGGAAAUGGACCCCUAAGAGAGCUGCAUCAGAGACAAGCUCAAACGUUCGUUCAAUGCCCAGGAGUUAGGCUCUCCCAGCAAGGCCCGAGCCACCAGUCCCAGAGGCUAAACGCCCAGAAGCUAGAGGAGAUGUACAACCAGA